AUGACUAGAAUCUCCGACGCUAUCAAAACGGAUCAUCGGCAAAUCGAGGCCUGUUAUGACAAGAUAAUCAAUUCGAAUGACCCGGAUGAACAAACCAGAUGGCAAAAUCAAUUCACUUGGGAAUUAGCCCGCCAUUCAAUUGGAGAGGAAUUGGUCGUCUACCCUGCAUUUGAAACGCACCUCCCUGAAGGGAAGGAUAUGGCGAAUAAAGACCGCCAGGAGCAUCAAGUUGUCAAGGAGCUCCUGAAACAAUUUCAAGAGAUGAAAUCUUCAGAUCCCAAGUUCAUGUCUACCAUUAGAACGCUUAUGGACAAUCUCUCCCCCCAUAUCAAAGAGGAAGAGGAACAGGAUCUGGUCCGUCUCGAAGGCGCGCUUGAUCAAGCCGAGAGCGAGAGAAUGGCGACAUCUUUUGGAAGGACCAAAAUGUUUGUCCCAAGCCGAUCUCACCCAUCGGCUCCCAACAAGCCACCGUUUGAGACUGCGGUUGGGCUGCUGACGGCCCCAAUUGAUCAUAUCGCCGAUAUUUUUCGAAAGUUUCCUGAUCACUCUAUCAGUCCCAACCCCUCAACGAAAUAA